CAAUCGAUUGAUUCUGCCAAUCAGAAUGCCGGCUAGGGUGUGAACAAAGCUUUAACCAGAAGGUUGAACUGGAAUCAAGUCUCUCCUGUGAUAGACCAAAGAUACUGCUGUUCACUGCUUUCCGUCUUUGAAAUUCAAAGUUCUGACUUUCUAAUAGGAAACCAGUGGCUACAGUUCUGUUGAAUAAGCAUCUUCUCACAAUCUCAAACAUGGCAACUGGAUAUGGAGCAAAGAAGCUCUGCAACUCUCUCCUUCAAUUUAGCUACUCCCUCCGCCAUUUUUCUUUAUUUCACUCAGUUUCGUCCUCACAAACCCUUGAAGAAUCUAUCAGAAUAGCAAUCAAUACCAAAUCCUACCACCAAAUCCCCGACUUACUCCUCUCCUAUGAAACCACAAACACUGCCAUAAAUCAACCCCAAUUUCAACAAAACUCAAAUAACCCCUUUUCCUUUCUUUCUUCCUUUCCCCAAGCAUUCAUGAACCAAAUCAUUGACGAAAUUCUCCAAUCUUUCAUGCAUCUCAGACCUCGCUCUCGUCCCAAAAUUGCCUACCACUACCUCUUAUUCCACACUCUCCAAUGCCCCAACCCUCUCCCUCUUGCUCUUGCCAUCCUCCAACGAACUCUUCGUUCUGGUUGCAUUCCUGCCCCGCAAACACAGCUCUCGCUCUCCUCUGCAUGGCUGAAUUGCCGCCGAACCCAAUCAGUACCCAACAUCCUAUCUGAGAUGCGAUUGAUUGGAUACCACCCUGAUUGCAACACCUGCAAUUUCCUCCUUUUCUCCCUCUGUGCAAUUGACCAGUUGGCUGAGGCUAUUACUGUUCUGAAAGGCAUGUGUCGGGCUGGGUGCGAUCCUGACUCAGAGAGUUAUGGGACGGUGAUUGGAGCAAUGUGUGAGGCUAGAAGGACCGAACCAGCUGCCAGGUUGAUGAUGGAGAUGGUUGGGAAGAUUGGCUUGACACCAAGGCAAGGGACAGUGGUGAAGGUGGUGGCAGCCAUGCGAGCAAACAGGGAAUUGAGGAGAGCGGUUGAAUUGGUUGAGUUCUUGGAGAGAGAAGGAUAUGGGGUUGGGUUUGAAGGGUAUGAGACAGUUGUGGAAGGGUGCUUGGAGAGAAAAGAAUUCGUCUUGGCAGGGAAGGUGGUGAUGGAGAUGACAAAGAGGGGUUUCAUUCCGUACAUCAGGGUACGACAGAGAGUGGUUGAGGGGCUUGCUUGUGUUGGCGAACCAGCACUUGCCUAUGCUGUACGCCAACGACUGGCUGAGCUGAGGUCUUAAAGCAGACAGUUCAGUGCGUGGCAUAAUAUUCUUUUCUUCAAAGUGGUAGUAUUAUUCGACCCACUAGUGACUCCAGGCUCUUGCUCACGAGGCACCACCAAGCAUUGAGCCAUGCUUCUGUUUAAGUAUAAUUUGUGCAGGGUGUCUGUUAUACAGUAGUAGUGUGUCUCAAAAGGGAAAAAAAGGUUUCAUGAAUUCCAUCUACCACAUCAGCACAGUACUCUACAGUGGUACUCUUAGUCAUUUCAGAAACUGGAGGGUAUGUUUAAGCAAUGGUCAGAUACCACAGGCUAAAUAUUUCGUCAUCAGUUUUAUCAAGUGAUAGUAUGCAUAUUGGCAUCCUAGCAGCAGCAGCCUGUAUUGCUGUAAACCACAAUCCUUUCACAGUGUUCUACAAUUCAAGGGCUAGUCCUCCAGAAUGUCAUUCCUCAAUCCAAGUAUUACAGGGCAAUAUAAAGUAACCAAAUAUCACUUGGCAUGCAGUUCCGGAUGAUGUUUGAAACUGAAGAGUCAGGAACAAGAAGCCUUUUUUUAAUAGGUUGGCUGGGAUGAGUCAAUAGCUGGGGAAAGUUGUAACGGAGUCUAGAUAUGGGAGACUGAACCGGUGGCUGCUUUUUUUUUUUUUUUGGUUUGCCUUCCACAUUUCUUAAGAUCCAAGCACCCAAGGGCCAAGGCAACUAGGAUUACCAGGAAAAUGUCAACAUUGAUGAGGCUACCAGAAACAAACAUCCUGAAUCAAGUUUUGACUUGUGAUGGGACUUGAUAAAUCAUGAAGUCUAUCCCUUUUAUAGGUGCUGGACACAAGGGAGGCAUUCUGGAACCUUUUUGUUCUCAUCUUAUCCUUUUUUGACAUCAAACUGCUAGAGAGAAAGGCUACCUUGUAAUGUAGUUGUUCAUGUUUGCAUACUUUUUAAGGUGGUUUUGCAGAUAAUGAAUAACCUGAGUUGGACAACCUCUUAAAGUGGACAAUGCCUUGGCUUGGUGAUUAUCUGCAUAAAGGACUCUCGGACUCAGAAUGCUGUGUUACGUAGCCUGAGUUUGGUCCAGUGGAUGAAUAUGUAGAACAUAGCUGUUACAGAUAAUUUCCCUUCAAGCUUAUAGGGACGAUGGAUCUUGCAGCAAAACAACCUAAACUUCAAUCUACAGAGGCCACCUCACCGCAGCAAUAACUGGAUGGCGCUAGUUAGCAACCCAGUUGAAAUUUAAUUAAUAAAAUACUUCUUUGAAACAAAGCUCAAGACCAACUGUUACAGCCUCAAGUUUUAAUGCAAUCUCUCCUUACUCAUCAGUAGGAAGGGGCAAAUUUCUUAAUCUACCUUUAUGGUUUAGCUAAUUGAUUAAUUCUAUUCAUACUGUU